UUUUGUAUUAUUCAUAAAAAUGACAGUCUAUGCAAAUAAUUAAAUUAUAAUAAACAGUUCUAUUAACUUAACCUCUAGCACAUUAUCUGUCAAUUACAAGAAAAUUCCAAAAAAUAUUUUGAUAUAUUUACUAUACAAUCAACGAAAAUGGCCUCUGCAGCAAUGUCUCCAGCAGAAGAUGAUGAGCUAACUUUACCACGAGCUUCAAUAAACAAGAUGAUAAAAGAAAUAUUGCCACAAGUCCGAGUCGCUAAUGAAUCUCGAGAGUUAAUUCUCAAUUGCUGUACCGAAUUUAUUCACUUGUUAUCAUCAGAAGCCAAUGAAAUCUGUAAUCAACAACAGAAAAAGACUAUUAAUGCUGAGCAUGUGCUGUUAGCUCUUGAAAAAUUAGGAUUCGGUGAUUAUAGUGCUGAAGCUGAAGCUGUUUUAAGAGAUUGCAAAGCUGUUGCUGCUAAAAGAAGACGUCAAAGUACUAGGUUAGAAAAUCUGGGAAUUCCAGAAGAAGAAUUACUGCGUCAACAGCAAGAACUUUUUGCAAAAGCCCGAGAAGAACAAGCAGUUGCUGAACAACAACAGUGGCAACAACUGCAAGCUGGGGUUGCUCAAAUGGCUUCAAUGCAACAACCAGAUAGUGAACAAGAAGAUUAUUCUUAAGAAAUAAUUAUUCAAGAGAAUAAAAAACAGUCAUAUAAAUUCAUAACUUACUACGUUGAACCUUCAAUUUCAAACAUGACUCAAAAUAUUGUAAUGAACGGCUAUAUUGCAGGUAAAACUGAUAAAUUGUUUAGAAUGUAAGAUGAGUAUCAUUAGGACCAAUUUACAAGUAGUUCAAGCCCACGUGUGCCUGUAAUUUAUGUUAUACCUAAUAGGCAAUAAUCUUAGAUAAUACUUUAUGGAAGUAAUCUUCCGUAUUCUAAAGAAAGAUGACUUUUCUUUAUAGCCUCUACAACUUUUGAAGCGUAAUGAUACCUAAAACAUGUAAUUAUAAAAUAAAUAAUUAAAAUUAAAAAGUCACCUCAUAUUUAAGUCAUUGAUAAAUAAUAUUACCAGUUUUUUUCUGUCAACGUUGAAGGCGUUAAUGAAUUUCGUGACACUCCGUGAAUUUUAUUUCGUAAUUUUUCUAUCAAGUCUUUUUCAUUAUCAUGCAUAAUUGGUUCACCUAUAUGUACAGAAAUAUUCUAUUAAUAAAAUUUAUGGACAUAUAAAUACAAAGUAGUAAUUAAAAAACAGAUUAGUUACUUUCUGGACAGAUUUUAGGAAUAAGAAAUAAAUUUAAUUGCCCUUCGGUAGGAUAUGAGCUCAUGUCUAAUCCACUGUGAAUUUGUAGUUUAGAAGUGGCAAACACUUUAGUAUAAAAAUCCUAAAAAACAUUUUUAUAACAUUAUGUAUAAACACACAAAAAAUAUAAAAUAAAAUAUGAUUUCAUAAAUAA